GGGAGGGCUAUAAAAGAGGCAGACUUGAUGCCCUGCGAAUCACUUUACUGGCUUCGGAAGACGUUUAAACAUAGUGCACUACUUGUGGAUUACACUUUCGGUGGCAUCAUUCAAAUAAUAAAACCAUGGCAAAGUUCUGGGUUUCUCUGCUUCUUGCUGCACUUGUGAUUGUAGCCAUUGCGUCAGUGCAAGCGGAUCACGAGGAAGAAACGGAGCAUGGAGGUGAAUCGCAUGGACAAGACAAGCAUGGCGAAGGGGAGGGGCACGGACACCACCAUCAUGGAAAGGGUUGUGGUAAGCACAAGAAGCACGGUGAAGGAUUCGGCGGUUCACAUCACGGAGAGCAUGGCAAGGACCAACAUGGCCACGAUCACAGCCACGAUCACAGCCACGAUCACAAUCACGGCAACUCUGGACAUUAGCAUUAUCGCCGAAUAUCUGGACCGUGCACAAUUUGGUUUGCUUAAAUUGUAAAGACUUUUAACCAACAUGUAUGAUUUAUGUUGCAAGAAACGAAUACAUUUAUUGACUUGAA